AUGCAUCGACGUGUUACUACACAGCCACAGUUUCCGCCCCAAAGCAGCGGUGUCCUGUCCUUAUCCGAUGCCCUGUCCCCAGUAGUUUUACAACAAGGUGACAUUGAAUUUAUCACAUUGACUUCGCUGAACUUUCCAGCCUUUGUCUUGUACACACACCAUUUCUUAUCGUCUCUCCAGUCGCCCAGGUACUUGUUACCGUCGGUGAAUGUUAUCCCUAGGUCGGUCGCACAACAACUGUAUGCUGUUACGUCCGGCUUGUUCUCCGCGGGCCCAGUGCAGUAG